GCGGCGGCGGCGGCGGAGGAGAAGAGAGCCGUACCGGAAGGGUCGAAGCGCCCCGGCGCCCCUCACACCCACUGCGGCGGCGGCGGCGGCGGCGGCGGGGCGGGGCGGAGCGGGGCGGGGCGGCUGGCUGGCCGAGCCCCCGGCAGCGGAGCCGCGAGCGGCCAGUGCGCAGCGCCGCCAGUCCGCCCGCCCGCCCUCUCCCCCUGGCGCGGCGGCUGGGAGACGAGGAACCCAACAACCAUACCAACUCUUUGGAAUAUUCUAUGAUACUACAUCAUGAGUGACAGUAAAUGUGACAGUCAGUUUUACAGUGUGCAAGUGGCAGACUCAACCUUCACGGUCCUCAAACGUUACCAGCAGUUAAAGCCAAUCGGCUCCGGAGCCCAAGGAAUUGUUUGUGCUGCUUUUGAUACAGUUCUUGGGAUAAAUGUUGCAGUCAAGAAACUAAGCCGUCCUUUUCAGAAUCAAACUCAUGCAAAGAGAGCUUACCGUGAACUCGUCCUCUUAAAAUGUGUCAAUCAUAAAAAUAUAAUUAGUUUGUUAAAUGUGUUUACACCACAAAAGACUCUAGAAGAAUUUCAAGAUGUGUAUUUGGUUAUGGAAUUAAUGGAUGCUAACUUAUGUCAGGUUAUUCACAUGGAGCUGGACCAUGAAAGGAUGUCCUACCUUCUUUACCAGAUGCUCUGUGGUAUUAAACAUCUGCAUUCAGCUGGUAUCAUUCAUAGAGACUUGAAGCCUAGCAACAUCGUAGUAAAAUCAGACUGCACGCUCAAGAUCCUUGACUUUGGCCUGGCCCGGACGGCGUGUACCAACUUCAUGAUGACUCCAUACGUGGUGACGCGUUAUUACCGGGCACCUGAAGUCAUCCUGGGCAUGGGCUACAAAGAGAACGUGGACAUCUGGUCUGUCGGGUGCAUCAUGGCAGAAAUGGUCCUCCAUAAAGUCCUGUUCCCAGGAAGAGACUAUAUUGAUCAGUGGAAUAAAGUCAUUGAGCAACUAGGAACACCGUCUGCGGAUUUUAUGAAGAAACUGCAGCCAACCGUGAGGAAUUACGUAGAAAACAGACCGAAGUACCCCGGCAUCAAAUUCGAAGAGCUCUUUCCAGAUUGGAUAUUCCCAUCCGAAUCCGAACGAGACAAAAUUAAAACAAGUCAAGCCAGAGAUUUGUUAUCGAAAAUGUUGGUGAUUGAUCCCGACAAGCGAAUCUCCGUGGACGAAGCUUUACGUCACCCUUAUAUUACCGUUUGGUACGACCCUGCUGAAGCCGAAGCGCCACCACCUCAGAUUUACGACGCCCAGCUGGAAGAACGAGAGCAUGCAAUUGAAGAGUGGAAAGAGCUGAUUUACAAGGAAGUGCUGGACUGGGAAGAGAGGAGCAAGAACGGCGUGGUCAAAGAUCAGCCUUCAGAUGCAGCAGUAAGCAGCAACGCCACUCCGUCCCGGUCGUCGUCCAUCAAUGACAUCUCGUCCAUGUCCACUGAGCAGACACUGGCCUCAGACACAGACAGCAGCCUCGACGCCUCCACGGGACCCCUCGAAGGUUGCCGGUGAUAAGGCACGACCCGCAAGCUCGUCCUCAGUGAAGGAAUUCUCGCUUCCAUGGGCCUGAAAUGCUUGGGGGUUGAUGGAACCAAAUAGAAAAACUCCAUGUUCUGCAUGUAAGGAACACGAUGCCUUGCCCCUGCUCAGUUCCAGUAGGAUUGCCUGCCUAGAUUUCACAGUGAAGCAGACUGUGUCUGAAGAACACAAGUGCGAGCCACACUUGUAGAGAAGUUGUGCAAGGUCAUUUCAGGUGAGCAAUUAGAGUAGAUGAUUUUGUUUUACUUUUUUUUAAAGUUGUACGGUAAUAGUGACAGUUUCUCAUCCUCUGUAACCGUUGGGACUUAUAUGCAUGUGACCACGUGUGCUUGCUCAGGCUUGCCCUCUAGCACUUUGGAAAUCAGUAUUUAAAUGCCAAAUAAUCUUCCAGGUAGUGCUGCUUCUAGAAUUCUCUCUUAAUCCUCUUGAGUAAUUUGGUGUCUGUCCAGGAAAAAAAUAGGUUUAUGUGUAUUAAUUGGCCACCAUCAUAUUAUCAUAUCUUACCUUCUUUUACGGUAUGAUUUAUUCUAUCUUUUGUAUUUCAGAAGGAAUAUAAUUAAAUCUAUUUAAUAAAUAAAAAAAAUACAACUUUUCUUAAA